GCAGUCGACCGGCCGCUUUCACAUUGAACAUGGCCGGCGCGAAGUUAUCGUGGCAGUGCGCGUACUUAUUUAUAGUGAUCUUGUUUACUUUAUCGGAAGCUCUACUCUCCGGUUUGUAUAUAGACAAUGGUGACCAAACGAUGAUACAUCAUGCGAUGACGCGACAUGAAAAGUUGGUGGUGGAGCACGAGAUUCUGGAACUGCUGGGUCUGGGAGAACGGCCGCGGCGGGCGCGGUCGACACCGCUGGAUCGGUCGGCGCCCAGUUUCCUUCUGGACGUGUACAAGCAGCUGGCGGAGGAGCAUGAGCAGGCCCGUCCAACGCGUAGCUCAGACAUGGCACUGAGCGGUGAAGAGCAGCAAGCGAUCGACGAAAGCGACCUCAUAAUGACAUUCCAAAGCAAAAAACAUCACUUGGGUGCGUUGCGGCAUGGGCACGGCCGGCAUGUAUGGUUUGAGGUGGCAGGAGCCCCAGGCGAUGCCUCAGCUCUGCUUACUGCCGAACUGCGUUUACAUCAAGCACCAUCGCACGAAGCGGCCGACCCCUCGGCUCUCUACACCGUAGUUGCGCAUCGCGUGCUCAGCGUCGAUAAUAUGGGAGGUUUGCAGUUGGAAGAAGUUGCGUCUGUAAAUACAAGUGCAUCAGCGGAGGGUUGGCUGGAGAUGAACGUGACCAGUGCGUUGAGAGAGUGGCUACGCUCGCCUGCUGACAAUCGAGGAUUUUUUGUCACCAUGCAUCCGCAUUCGCAACCAGAGCGUCAUGUAAAACCAGAGGAAAUCGGUUUGGAAGAACCCCGAGGUGUGGCUGUUGAAGGAAAACAACCCUUCGUAGUAGCUUUCUUCAAGAGCGGACCGAAGCUGGACACAUCUGAUGCGGGUGCACGACGUAAGCGAGAGGCGCGUCGAUGGCGUACAUACUCCGAUAACUAUUUGAAAAAUCCCCUAACAGACACAUCACACUGGACUACUAGAAGUUGCGAGAUUCAAACGUUGUACGUUAGUUUUAAAGAUCUGGAAUGGCAGGAUUGGAUCAUAGCUCCUAAUGGUUACGGCGCGUUUUAUUGCAGUGGGGAAUGUAAUUUCCCUUUGAACGCACAUAAAAAUGCCACGAAUCAUGCAAUAGUGCAGACGCUUGUACAUCUUUUGAAUCCAACACAGGUACCGAAACCAUCUUGCGCGCCAAUCAAGUUAUCACCUAUUUCAGUGUUAUAUUAUACUGAUGACUCGAAUGUGAUCCUGCGCAAAUACAAGAAUAUGGUUGUCAAGAGUUGUGGUUGCCAUUAGGUCUAAGAAUUUAUGCGUAAUAUUAGAGUUGACUGUAUUAGUUCAGGAUUUUUAUAAUUAUACUGUACAUAUAAUUAAUUAAUAAGAGACAUGUUACAAAAAUUGUUAAAGUGAAUUGACACAAAGUAUUUUUUGACAUGUUUUUGAUGAUAAAUGUUACUAUUGAUCGUAUCGAUGACUGAUUAUAAGAUUGCAGGUACAAGAUACUUUAGAUACAUAACAGCGUUUUGGAAAUUAAUGAAAACCUCUGUUUGAUUUUCAACAUGGUCAAGGCAAUAAAUUGCGUCCACCUAUU